UUAGUGGAGCAAGAAACACUUCCAGAAUGAGGACCUUGGUUUUGCUAUGUUUGGUGGCGGCAGCUUGGGCGCAGUUCGAGGCAGGAUUCGUCAAGAUCCUGCAGGACAAGCGCUACCAAGAGGGCAGCACCUUCGGGAACUUCCGUGACCAGGAGGACGGCAUCAAGUACUUCGAGGAAACCGACGCCAACGGAGUGAGGCGUGGCUACUGGGAGUAUCCUUCUGAAGGUGGCCAGCUCCUCCGCACCGAGUUCGAAGCUGGCCCCGGCAUCGGCUUCAGGAUCACCAAAUCCAACCACCACGACCCCACCCCGGUCGCCAAGCCCCAGCCGCAGUUCCAGCCAGCGCCCCAACCCGCUCCCCAGCCCCCUCCCCAGCCCAUUCGUCAGGCUCUUCCCCAGCCUCCCCCUCUCCCAGUCCAGCGCCAGCCCGUGCACCACCAGCCCCUGCACCACCAGGCCGUCCACGUCCCGACCUUCACCAGCACGACCCCAGGACCCCAGAACCUCUUCGACUACCCCGCGAACCUCGAAUUCUCCCGCCAGGGUUUGGGCCAUCGCUUCAAGUUCACCGCAGUGUAAGAGAAGCCCCAACACCCAGCUCUCCAUUCUCCCUUUCCUUUCCACAAGACCUUCCAGUUCUUUAUCUUCUGUUUUUUUAGACUUUCUCUCUCCUUUUUCCCCCUUUUCGUCUAAAAAAAAAAUCUUCUGAUCUUAGCUACCUCAGUCUCGCUCCGCCUUCCUCGGACACUCCUCCGCCUCUCCUCCUUCUUCUUCUUCUUCUUCUUCUUCUUCUUCGCGUCUUCCGUCCAUUUCACCCGUGCAUCCCGAGGGUAGAAGACUACGCUCCGUCGAAGUCUCUUACGCCGCCUCAUUCUGACUCCGCUUAAAAGCAAGACCAGCUGACGUGAGAUUGUGAACUGCGCGUCCGUAUCGCCUCAUCUUCGUCGCUCUUUUGUUUGCCAAAUCAUAGUUCGCUUUGUGCUACGGUUUUCCUUGCUGCUUUUUCUUUGAAACAUAUGCGUCUGUUAAUGGGUUUAUGUGAUGUAUAUAUUGAAUUUUGGGGAUAAGAGAUAUUUUCUAAAU